GAUUAAAGCCAUUAACGAAAUUAUCGGGGAUUAUAAAGAUUUGUACGGGACUUCGCAACGGGUGUUGUUUUUGGAAAGACAAUGCCAUUUCCCGUAAUCCAGGGGCUUCAAUUAAUGGAGUGUCGACGUCGCCCACUCGCAAAAAAGGGUUGCUGCCCCGCCCACCCGUCGGUUAAAAGUUGGCAGUCGCAUUUGGAAAGGGGUUGUUUGGCCGACUUCAGAUUUCCCAUUUCACGGAACGGCUUUAUCUAUUUUUAAACAUUGCAUUUCGUCGGCGAUUCCUGCCUGCUGACGUCAAUGGACCACAGCUUUUCCAACCAUAGUUUUCAUUUCUCCUUCGGCUUCACUGGGAAAAGCUUUCUCCCACUCACCGUUUUUGGUCUGCAUCAAUUGCAGCUUUUAUUGUAUUUUUAUUGGUUGGGGAUAAAAAAUGAAAAAAUUCUACAUGAUCCGCAGAAAUAAAAGAAUCAAGAAAAAUAACCCACAGAUAGUGGGGAAAGUGAAAGUAACUAAAACCAUUAAUUUUUACUAAAAGAAAAUUAAGAAGUGAAUUAUAAUAUAGAAAGAGCUGAACGUCAAAAAAUAUAAGGCAGGCUGUGGAAUAGUGAACUUGGAAAAAAUUAAAAUCUUGUAAAACUUUGUUUUAAUUUAUAUUUAAAAGAAGUAAAAACAUGUGCGAUGAAGGAGGUAUCCGCUACUGAUAUUAAAACCGUGAGAACACAGAAGCCGUCUCAAAAAAGUAGUAAUGAAGAGGAGCCUCCUUUCUUGGAAGAUCCGAAAUCUAGAGAAGAACCUACGAGCCAACGCUCAAAAGAAGAACUCCUUACUUUACAAACUUAUACUUCACCAGAUUCAACUGCGAACAAGGAUUUCAAAAGCUCCAUAACCGAUCCACUUGAUGAUCAAAAGAGUCUAUCUUGUAUUUCCUCUUCCUCAAAUGGUGAAUGUAAACCUCAAGAUAAUAAAUGCGUUGAAGAUAUUGGAUUAGAGACAGCUAUCUCUGGGCUUUCUGAGAUUUCAGUUGAUUCAGAACUCAGCUCUGACUUAAGUGAAGAGCUGUUCGAUAAUGAUAUUUUAAUAACGAAGAUAAAGAAAAAAGAUUUAAGGAAAACUGAGAAUAUUGAAGAUCCGGAGGAAGAGUUUAGGAGACAUUUUCUAAACACUUUUCAAGAUUUGCCUAGAUUAUCUCAGAUCUCUCUGGACGAUGAACCAAACAAAAUUACUCCUAAAGAAAAUAUUGAAAAAACUGAAAGUAAUGCUGAGGGAGAACUACCAAGCACUUCCAACAAAAAUUUAGAGAAGUCAAUAGAAAACAUUGAUAGCCCUGAUAAAACAUCAACUUCAAUAAACAUAGAAAAUAGCGAAUCGAAUAUGCAUAUUUCAAAAAAUACCAAGGAGCCUUUAUAAAACAGGAGAUACAACCUCAAUUCAAAAUAAAGUUGCUUAAGAAUAAGAUAAUAUUAAAAAAACGUAUUCCUCA